CAAGAGCAACUAACCUUCGCUUAACGGCAAAGUGUUUUUUGUUUUAAUUGGCCUUAGGAAAAAGGAAAUAAAAAGGGCGAACUCCGCCAAAUCUGCUAAAAGUAUCCUCGUUUCUUGGUUGCCGCCUCCAAAGUCAUGGCUCUCACGUCCUUUCAUACUGACCCCUUUCUUCCCAAAGUUCAUAAUUUGUUAAAAAAACAGUAAACUCACUGCCGUGUGAGCUGUUUUUUCGUUUAUUUUAUGGAUAUGUAUUAUUUCUUUCGUUGCCUAUUAGAGGGAGUCAAAGCACAUAAAGCCAACAAAUAGUGCGGAAUUCGUCCCUUCCCCCCACGCCAGUUUGAUCCUGCAUCCUUCUUUCUGAUCUCUUCUCCUUCUGCCCCCAACAUCUUCCAAUUAAGUCAAGAUUCCUUCUCUUUUUGCAGUGAAAAAGAUCUUUUUUGUUGGUCUUUUACUAUGUUGGUGGAUAUGACAAAAAGUAAGAAAGGAUUUCUUAAAGAUGGGAUUUUCAGAUAACUUCUGUUGCAGUGGAGCUGCAGCCAUUUCUCUGCCAAUGGUUGUUUUUACUUUACGUAUGUGAGUAAGAAUUACAAGGAUGGAGUCCGGACAAGGGAAACUAGUGAGGUUCAACAACAAUGGCAGUACACAUCUAGAGAAGCCACUGCCAGUGUUCAAAGCAACAGCCCCUUUGUUGAAAACUGAAGGAGGUCUUAGUGAUAGAGAUAGUGGUAGCAGAAUUCCCAAAUUUGGAAAGUUUAAGGUUUUUCCAGAGGAUCAUGAGCCAUGGGGGGAGAGAAUUCUAGAUCCUGGUAGCGAAAUUUUUUUGCAAUGGAACAGGAUUUUCCUCUUCUGGUGCUUAGUAGCUCUAUUCGUUGAUCCUUUGUUUUUCUACCUGCCUUCAGUAAUGAACAAAGACACGUCAUCUUGUAUGGAUACUGAUUUAAAUUUAGGAAUUAUUGUGACAUGUUUUCGGACACUUGCUGAUGCAUUUUACGUGUUGCAUAUAAUCAUCAAGUUCCGGACAGCUUAUGUGUCGCCUAUCUCCAGAGUAUUUGGGAGGGGUGAACUUGUCGCCGACCCAGAUAUGAUUGCCAGGCGGUAUUUGAGAUCAGAUUUCUUCAUAGAUCUAGUGGCUGCUCUCCCUCUUCCUCAGAUUGUGAUAUGGUUCAUUAUACCAGCAAUCAGAAGCACCAAUGCUGAUUAUACUAAUAAUGCACUUGUGCUGAUUGUUCUGCUCCAGUAUGUUCCUCGAUUGUAUCUGAUCUUCCCUUUAAGCUCUCAGAUUAUCAAAGCCACAGGAGUUGUCACAAAGACUGCCUGGGCGGGGGCUGCCUAUAAUCUCUUACUUUACAUGUUAGCUAGCCAUGUAUUAGGGGCAUCCUGGUAUCUAUUGUCAAUUGAACGACAUGCAACAUGUUGGAAAUCUGAAUGCAGAACUGAGACUAGCCCUCUGCGAUGCAAUCCUCAUUACCUUGAUUGUGCCACAUUGAAUGAUGGCCGUCGCCAGAUAUGGGAAAACAGUACCCUUGUGUUUAGUAAUUGUGAUCCUAGUAAUAAUAUCAGUUUCGACUAUGGGAUUUUCCAAAAUGCUUUGACAAAGAAAGUAUUCUCCUCAGGCUUCCUUCAGAAGUAUUUCUAUUGUCUGUGGUGGGGUUUGCAGAAUUUAAGCUCUUAUGGACAGUCAUUGAAUACAAGCACAUUUAUAUGGGAAACCUUGUUUGCCAUACUGAUUGCCAUCUUGGGUCUGGUUCUGUUUGCCCAUUUAAUUGGAAAUAUGCAGACCUACCUACAAUCCAUCACUGUGAGACUGGAGGAGUGGAGGCUCAAGCGACGAGACACUGAGGAGUGGAUGAGACAUCGCCAACUCCCUCAAGAUCUGCGAGAACGUGUUCAGCGUUUUGUUCAGUACAAGUGGCUUGCAACUCGAGGUGUGGAUGAAGAAUCAAUCUUACGUGCCUUACCUCCAGAUCUUCGUCGAGAUAUCCAACGCCAUCUAUGCUUGGACCUUGUCCGGCGUGUACCCUUUUUCUCACAAAUGGAUGAUCAGCUACUGGAUGCCAUAUGCGAGCGCGUAGUAUCCUCCUUAAGUACCCAAGGAACCUACAUCGUUAGGGAAGGUGACCCUGUCACUGAGAUGCUUUUUAUUAUCAGAGGGAGGCUAGAGAGUUCAACUACAAAUGGAGGCCGGACAGGUUUCUUCAAUUCAAUCAAUCUGAGACCAGGUGACUUUUGCGGUGAGGAGCUACUUUCAUGGGCACUGCUUCCAAAUUCUUCUCUGAACUUGCCAUCCUCCACAAGGACGGUCAGAGCCCUGGUUGAAGUGGAGGCCUUUGCAUUAAGAGCAGAAGAUCUCAAAUUUGUGGCCAAUCAGUUUCGACGUCUUCACAGCAAGAAGCUACAACACACCUUUCGUUAUCAUUCUUACCAUUGGAGGACAUGGGGUGCCUGCUUCAUUCAAGCGGGUUGGCGUCGACACAAGAAGAGAAUGAUGGCCAGGAACCUCAGCACGAUGGAGUCCUCAUAUCCUCCCGACGAGCAAGCUGCCGAUGAAACACAACAAGAGGAAGAACACACUCUUGCACCUUUGAAUUCUUCCCAAGUAAUGCAGAAUUUAGGUGUCACGAUUCUAGCUUCAAGGUUUGCAGCAAACACACGGCGAGGAGCUCAGAAGAUGAAGGAUGUUGAAAUGCCCAAGUUGCAAAAGCCCGAAGAGCCAGACUUCUCAGAAGACCCAGAUGAUGACUAGUUUCCAAUUCUUAUCUGCAAUGGUAGCUGAAAAGAAAAUCCCCAUUGGUCCGUUGGAGGAAGAAACUGGUUGCUGUGGAGGACGAUGGUUGCUAUAGUCACAGUAACACUUUUUCUAGCCUACACUCUUUAAUUUUAUGUAGCACGACUGUUCUAACUUGUAAAGUAGUAUUCAAAGUUACGCAUAGUUAAUUCAAUUGCCAUAUUGCUACACUACCA